GAGAGAGAGAGAGAGGGAGGGAGGGGGAGCACUGUAAAUGCAUACUGAGGAGAGAUGGAGAGAUGAAGGAGGAGUGUGUGAAUGGAGGGGAAGCCACAACAACAAGGAGCGAAAGAACGUGAGACUGUAGCGCAUUCUCUUUCUCUCUCUCUCUCUCUCUCUCUCUCUCUCUCUCUCUCUGUUGGAGCAGAGCAGGAUGAGCGGGAGGAUGUCAGUGGGGAGCUGCUGUGAGGGGCUGUGAGGGCCUGGCUGGAGUGUCAUUAAGGAUUGCAACUCACCUGAAAAGACCCAGCAUGCUGCAACCACCUCUCCUAGAAGCCCAGCCCUGUCCUAGAAGCGAAGUAAAAAGAAAGGAUCUUUCAAUUACCGGAUGAAAUGAAGAUCUGUCAAGAUAAUUUCUUUCAGCAGGUGCUCUAGACAAGGACUGUGAUUGCCAGGAUGCUUUGGGACAGCCUGCACUGAUGUUCAGAGAUAUUGGAUCAGUCGCCCAGAUCUGUAAGACUUUGACUGGAACCAUUUCCGAAGCUUUGAUUACAUGUCAACAGGAUUAAGCCUGUUCAAAACCUGUGGGCUAGUCACCCAGAUGAUGUUGGAUCACAUUUACACUUGGGAAGAAACCGUGAUCAUGACCGAGACUUCCUGCACUGCAUGUCGAGAAUCCUGUAGUGGACCUCAAGAUCUUCUUGGGAAUCAGAAAACAGACUCAUGUUCUGAGAAGUGAUACAUAAAAAAUUCCCCCAGAACAGUCAACCAGAUCACAUUGAAGUUGAUUUACAGGUUAUGCCCUAUUUCUGGAGCUUCCGUUCUGAGAAAGAGCUCUUCAAACUCAUCUUGAAGUUGCCCACCAGUUGACGGACACUCCUGAUGUUUCAAACCCCACAACAGCUCUUGAAACAUUUUGUUCUAGUCACAUUCGACUCUGGUAGUCACUGUGGGAUCAAAUGCACCCCUAAGAGAAGGAAAAACCAUGACUGAGACUCUGCAACUUCCGGCGCUGCAGAUCCAGGCCCCCGGGGACUGGGAGGAGGAUGGCUCGAGUGGAACCACAAGUGGUGAUCUUGCAGGACCACCCAGCACACCACUUAGCUCCUUACCUAGUCCUUCCUCCAGUCCCUCCUUGCGGCGCAAACGCUUCAAGAUGCGGCGCAUGAAGAACGUGCAAAGCGAGAGGGAGGCGGCUGACGGGGGCUCUCCGGCUCGUUCCGGGUCCAAAGAGUACCUGCAGCUCCCUUCCAUUGAGAUCACGCCAUCCAGUGACGAGGAUGCCGCCUGGUCCAACUGCUCCACACCCAGUGCCUCGCCGCGGCGCAAGCGUUUCCUCCUACGCAAGUGGCUCCGAGGCGGCGACAAGAAGGAGCAGAGCAGUGAAAGCAGCAGCCAGCAAAGCAGCUUACAGAGCAGCCAUGAGGAGGAGACCACCCGCUACCUGACCCCCAACAUCCGGGAGGAGAGCACUGCCAGUAACUCGAACCGGAGCACACCCACUUGCUCGCCCGUCCUCCGAAAACGCUCUCGCUCGCCCACCCCCCAGAGCCCUGAGGGAGAGAACAUGGUGGAAAAGGGCUCCGAUCACUCCUCCGAUAAAUCCCCCUCCACCCCCGAGCAGGCCGUCCAGCGCACCUACAACCAGUCCGUCCACACCAGCACCCGCAGCGGCGGCAAGAACUCCAAGUCACACAAGAGACUUUCCAAAAAAAGUCAAAGCUGGUACAACGUAUUGAGCCCUACGUAUAAGCAGCGAAAUGAGGACUUCAGGAAGCUCUUCAAGCAGCUGCCCGACACUGAGCGCCUCAUUGUGGACUACUCCUGUGCCCUGCAGAGAGACAUCCUCCUCCAGGGUCGCCUCUACCUCUCUGAAAACUGGAUCUGUUUCUAUAGCAACAUCUUCCGCUGGGAAACGCUGCUGACAGUGCGGCUGAAGGACGUCUGCUCCAUGACGAAGGAGAAGACAGCUCGCCUCAUCCCCAAUGCCAUCCAGCUCUGUACUGACAAUGAAAAGCACUUUUUUACCUCAUUCGGGGCACGAGACCGGACUUACAUGAUGAUGUUCCGGCUGUGGCAGAACGCUCUCCUGGACAAGCCAUUAUGUCCCAAAGAGCUGUGGCACUUCGUCCACCAGUGCUAUGGAAAUGAGCUGGGCUUGACGAGUGAUGAUGAGGAUUACGUGCCUCCAGAUGAUGACUUCAACACCAUGGGAUACUGUGAGGAGAUCCCGGCCGAGGACAACGAGGCCAACGACGCCUGCCCCAAAAGCCCCGAGGUCAAAGUGGACGCCAGCCCGCAGCUGCCCAAGAUUUUCACCAGCAAUAACCUCUCUUCCACAGGCAGCACUGACACGCCAGUCCACUAUGACCUAGCACCAGAGGAGGAGUUUACUGGCUGUCUUCCUGAGGACCUCCUAACCCUGCCCUUGCCGGAUAACAAGUUAUCCGAGUCCAGUGCCCCCGUGCCCUCACCCUCGCUCGACUUCAACGACAAUGAGGAUCUGCCCACAGAGCUCAGCGACUCCUCGGAAACUCACGACGAAGGAGAAGUCCAGGCCUUCCAUGAGGAUCUGAAUGGAAAGCAGUACAUCAACGAGAUCUAUAAGUUCAGUGUGGAUAAGCUGUAUGACCUCCUCUUCACCGAGUCCCAGUUCAUGAGAGACUUCCUGGAGCUGCGCCGCUUCUCUGAUGUGGUUUAUCGGCCCUGGAAGAAGGAGGAGACGGGGGACCAGAGCAGAGAGAUCAUGUACACCAUCUCCCUCACCAACCCUCUGGCUCCAAAGACUGCAACGGUCACCGAGACCCAGACUUUGUAUAAAGCUAGUCAAGAGAGCGAGUGCUACAUCAUCGACGCUGAAGUGAUCACCCACGACGUUCCUUAUCACGACUACUUCUACACACUUAACCGCUACGUACUCACCAGGGUGGCUAAAAACAAGUGCAGAUUGAGGGUGUCGACUGAGUUGCGGUACAGGAAGCAGCCGUGGGGGUUGGUCAAGGGCUUUAUUGAGAGAAACUUCUGGAGUGGCCUGGAUGAAUAUUUUAGACAUUUAGAACUAGAGCUAAGUAAGAUGGAGGUAGCGUUAACAGAACCACAUGGGCAGUCUCCCAAAGCCAAAGCGGUGCGAGCGGCCACGGCCAGGCGGAGGAAGAGGCCGAUGGUUCAUCUGCGGCCGCAGCACCUGGACGAGGCCCUGAGUCCCGUCACCACACCUGAGGAUGAGGAGGAGGUCAUCCAUCGCAUCAAACAUGUGGCAGGUUCCACGCAAACCCGACACCUUCCUGACCCGGGCCCUGGUGGCCUGGCCCUCUACAGCGUCUCCAAACUGCUGCUCAUCAUCAGCUUUGUCCUGGUGUUGCUGGUUCUUCUCAACAUGAUGCUGUUCUAUAAGCUGUGGGUGCUGGAGUACACCACACAGAGCUUAGCGUCACUGCAGGGCCUGAGACCCGGCGAGAGCAAACUUCCACAAACACAGAUGGAAUGGGCUCAGCUAUUGGAAUCCCAACAGCGUUAUCACGAUGAUGAGCUGGAGAAGUGGCGGGAGGUCAUCAAGUCGUCAGUGGUGUUGCUGGAUGAGAUGAGGGACUCAUUAACAAACCUCCAGAAGGGAAUCGGGGUCCGAGACUACGGCUCCAAGCCUGAGGAGAAGAGGAGUCGCUACCACUGAGGCGCUGGCUCUGGCCGAACGGACGUCUUGUGCAAUACGAAGGGGGGAGCGCCUGGCCUCAGGGCUAAGCUGGACUGGACUCGGCUGGACUGAGCUGGACCGGACUGGACCGGGCCGGACUGGACUGUCUUCCUCGCUCCUCCUGUCCUCAGUGAAGCAUUCAUAUGGGAAAGUGAACAUAAAACAAACUGCAUGCGGUUUGACCCUCACUUUAACGACUUUGACUAUGAACUUUAUAAUCCUGCUCGCCCAGAGCCAAAAUACGAACAAACGAAACAAACAAAAAAAAAAAAACACAACAACAACAACAGGGACUUCUGGUUCGUUCAGGCCCGUUUAAAGGGCUUGAGUGAGUGUUAAACGCACACAUUGCCACGUCCCAGCUGCAGUAUCCCUUUUGAUAAACAUUUUCAGAAUCUGGGACCAGGGUUAAAAUGCCGACUUAAUAUAAUCGUUAAGUGUUUCUUGGAGGCGUGCACAUUUACCGAUAUGAAUGCGUAAAAAAAAAAUUGGAAACAAAGUAUAUUACGGAAACGUACCCAUUAAAUUAUUUAUAUGUAGAGCUAUAUUUGUUGCCAGAGCUAAUUUUUAUGAGGCUUCCAUGGAAAAUCGGGGCUGGAACCCUGAUAGCUUGUGCCAUGGUGCUAAUUAUGCAUUUACAGUAUGUUAUGUUCAUGUUAUGGUUGCGCAGGUUACGUUUUUCUGUCUGUGUGUAAAGUAGCUGCGUCGUUAUUCGUUAUUCUCUUUUGCUCAUGAAAUUUGAAGGCCAGUAGAGGUUGAUGAGUGCGUCCUCGUCGUCCGAGACCUGAGAGACCUCCAGAUACCUUUCUAGUUCUGAGCUGUACCUCAUUUUCGCACAGGCCGAAGGGCGGUAGGAAUGUUUCUUUUUUUUUAUUAUUUCUCCAUGCCUCCGGACUAUUGACGACAUUGCGCUGCCAAGUAUCCAAAGCCACAUUGUACUCUCAUUUUCAUGCCGUUGGGUUUGUUUGUUGUUUAUUUUGUGAACCAAGUGGUGUUAUAAGCCCUGCUGCUAGAGGAGUGGUGGGAGGAGUGAGAAUAUUCACAGGUUAGGAGUCAUUGUACAGGCAGCUGUUUUCUGGAGCCAGUAAAUGAGAAGGUUACUGUGCUGGAGCAGUACCAGUGUUUCAUUAUUAUUACUAUUAUUCUUCUUCUUAUUUUUUUCUUAUUUUUUAUCUGUUUGGGUGCAGACACUCUGAGAAGGGGUACUGCAGCUGGACCAGUGGAAACAGUUGUUGUAGAAGUAAGGUAACUAAACUGUGAAGAAACAAAGAAUCUCCACAUAUGCUUGAAGUGGGUUGGGCGAAAAUAGGUAUUAGGCCAUUUCCUUUCAGUGUAUUAAACAUGGCAGGCAUUAAGUGUUAAAGGCAGGAUGGAAGGACGUGGGCAUGAUGGAAACAUCAUAAUUGAUGUGUGGCCGAUAAGAAGCGUAUUGCACAAAAAAAUAAAUGAUUGCAUCAGUCAGUGUGUGCUACUGAUAAAAGAAUGGUAAGGUUUGGAAAGCUUCCACUGUUGAGCACUUGAGCAAGGCCCUUAAGUUUCACUUCUCACUAGUGCUCAUGUGUGUAGAGCUCACUAGUGUGUACGUGUGUGUGCUGGUUUAAAUACAGAUGGUUUACAGGUAGAGGCCACAUUGGUUGUCUUGUCUAUCAAGUAAAAUUGCACCAUUACGAUACAAGUCCCUAAACAUCCAAAAAUCGAAAGUUUAUUUGCUGCACUAACCUUGCAGGGCAGACUUUGGUAAUGCAUCGGGUAGGUCUUCUGUAAUGCAAGUACGUGCAUUUUCUCCCAAAAGAUAAAAUGUAUUGAGCUGUUUGGAAUCAACCACAAUUAAGGCGCUAUGGGCUGUGUGGUGUACUCGUAAGAGGGUUAACCGGUUAGCGUUUUCAUACACAUUGUAUUGGGCUGAGUGGUGUACUCUCUAAAAAGAGGUAUCCGAUAGUGUUUUGAUACUUACUGUAUUGGACUUAGAGGUUUAUUCUUGAGAGGGAUACGGUUAGUGGUAUUAAAGGGCUCCUCUGGGCUACCAUGUUGUUGACUGGGAAAUGACCUGAUGUUGAUUUUAAAAGUUUCUAGAGCAUGUUGAGGGUCAAGAGAGUGCCAGUGUGGUGAGGAAGAGUGGAUUAAAAUGGACCGGAACUCUGAACCUGACACGAUUGCUGCUGUGAUAAAUCCAAUACCUGCAAAAGUGUUAGAGAAGAAAUAAUGCAUGGAUCUCAUUUUUGUUGCGACCAUAUUGCUUGUGUAGACCAGAGUAGACCUGCUUAUAUAAGCUUUAAAAUAAGCUGUGAGGAUGUCUUUAAAACCUGAAGCAACAUGUCUUACCAGUAAAGUCAGGCCAUUUACAUGUUUUUUUUUUUUUUAUAUACACUCCAAUUAUUCGCAGCCAGUAGUAACUUCACAGUCUGGUCAGGCCUUGAUCUUUCAGGGUGUGCGCUUUCUUGGUUUCUUGACUUUUCUUGUAGUUUGUUUGAGUUCCACUUUUUUGUCAGGGAGUCGGUCCACGACCUUAUUUAUGCGCUUGGCAGACUUUGACUUUCAGUCCUUUUACAACUUUAACCUAUUUCAUUUUGGUGAAAAAAAUAAUGAGGGCUUAGAAGGAUUGUCUGGUAUUGCAUCAUUAUAACGGGUUGUGGGAAAAAAAAAAAGUACAGCAGAAAAGUGCCUGCACUGUGGCAGAUGGCAUGAGGAUAAUGCGGCUACGGUUGCUUUUCACUCUGUUCUUUUCAUCACACUCGUUUUUUUAUUUUUUCUUCUUAAGAAACGAGUGGAACAGCAGCAGACCAUGAGGGCUAAGCUUAGUGCUUAUCUCCACAUUCCCAGAGAGAGAGAGAGUCUGUGUGUGUGUAUGUAAGCGUGCAUGUACUGUACUAUAUGUGUGUCGUAAUUUUAAAGACGUCACAUCUGUUGCAAUAACUGCAGACCAAUUGGUACUUUUUAUUGCAAAAGUUCUUUGCAAUCCUUGGAACCAAUAUGCAAUUACUGUACAGUAUAUUAAUGGGCUAUUCUACAGAGGAGAAUAUGUUUGAAUCUCAGAGAUUACCUCCAUCCAUCAUUCCUAGACCACUCAUGACUAUCCCACCCAUCUGUCUUGAACCCAUUCCACAAUGUAUGCAUGCCAUGUAUGAAUGUAUUUUCUUGAUUCAGGGCUAGUCUUAUUUAAAACCCGUCUCCAGUGACUGAAAUCUGGAUAAUAUAGGAGCCUAGUCUUGGACUACAGAGCAUUUUGAAUGGAGAUUUUCCAUUGAUUAGAAACGUUUGUCUAAAAUUAGAUUUAAUCCCUCUCCAGAAAACUCACUAAUAUAGACAUACUUAGUCAAUGCCAAUGACUAUGUUAUGACAGAAUAAUAACAGCAAAAAAAAAAAAUCAAGAAAUUGAUAACACUUUCUACGAAUGUUAUGUCUAUUAGACUCUACAAACUACAAAAUACUCAUAUAUUAUACUCACAAAUUAUAGUUCAUUAAUAAAGCAUUAAAAAUGUGAUUACAGAUAUUUAUAAAAUGUUAUAACACAUUAUAGCCAUGUUUAUUAUGAAUUAUGAAUUGUGAUCAUAAUCACAGCAUCGUCAGCUGUGUUUAUAAGAUGUUUAUAAGAUUUCAAUACCAAUAAAUGUCAAAAAGAUGCCUUAACAAAGCAUGCUGUAAUGAAUUACUUAUGUUAAGUAUUAUAAUAGUUUAUAUUACUUUAUAAUGUAUUAUAAUAUGUCAUUGUACUCUCUAAAGUAAAGUGACAGUGCCAUCAUGGGAAUAUAUUACCGUAUUAUUACUGUAUUUUUAAGUCUAGUUCUCCAGGACUAAGACUGGAGCAGCACUAGCAUUAGCUGCUAUUAACUGCACUAAGCGCUAGCUUUUCAGCCAUUCAGAGGCAACUAUUAUUAUCAGCCUGUAGCCUGCUGCUAACCCCGGCUAGCACUAAGAAUGGAGCAGCAUUGGCAUUAGCUGCUAAGCGUGCUAAGCACUAGCUCAUUCGCCGUUCAGAGGAGGGUAUAUCUGACUGGGUAAGCCUGUGUGUUUACCAUGUUAAAACAAGCUACGUUGGAUAACCCGCUAGCUAAUAUCACCCUGGUUUACCAGAACUCUCAGUGUUCCUCAGUGUAGUGCUGUCAGGUGGCAUUAGCCGCUAACUGUUGUUAGCUUCUAUGGAUAAUAUUGCUGUACGCCGCUACAGUGGAAAUCUGUGAAUCUAAGAUUACUGUAAAAAGGAGAAAAAUCUGUGUAGAUUAACAUUCAUCUCUUGUUUGAUUUAUUUUUUUUUUUUAAGAAUUACAGUUUUGUUUACUUAACUUAGCCUAGCUUAGCUUUACAGGUCUCGCCCCCCAUCGAUGAGACCUGCUGAAUUAAAAAGAGAAACAUGGCGACACCCUUGUUCCUUACUAGUGUGGCACAAUGCGUCAUAUAAUCUGAUGAGCCUUAUAGUGUGAAAAAGACGUUAAUUAUUAUUAAAGACAUUAUAUGAAAAUUUCACCCAGAUGUGUAACAUAUUACAAGCACAGCUGCAUUUAUUGAUGCAUAAUAAACAUAGCUAUAAUGUGUUAUACAUUUUUGAUAAAUAUUUAUAGCCGCGUUUAUAAUGCCUUAUGAAUGAUUUAUAAUGCGGUUUGAGUAUGUUUAUAAAGUCUAAUAGAAAUGACAUUAGUAGAAAGUGUUACCGAAAAAGUCUACCAAUUCAAAGUCCAAAUUGUUUUAUAAUACAGUGAACUUAUAAUACAGAAUACAACUUACAGACUAUAAUGUCUAUUAAGUGGUGGUAAACAGAUCAGGGCAUCAUCACUGUAUGGCACUGUUAAUAAGGCUUAACAACACAAGCAUAAGCACUUUAUGACAAUGAUAUAAUGAUAUAAACGUAAUGCUUAUAUAACAUUUAUUAUUGCUUAUUCCAAAAUCAGUGUUCGUGUCAGUGUUCAUAAAGGCUGCUUGUGUCAACUUUGAUGUCAACUACACAUAACAUCCACUGUAUGUUAUGACAUAUAUAUUUCUGGUUAUUAUAUGUUAUAUGAUAUUAGGUUGUUUCACAUUUAUUUAGCAUAGAAUGAGUACAUCUGUACAAACAGUACAAACCUGAUACACUGCAUUUUUUUCAGCUUAGUGUUUCCUCAAAAAUGUUGAUAUCAUGUUCAUGAAGUUCUUACUUUUGUUCAGUUUUACCAACGACCUCAUGUAGUAGCCGCAUCACAUCGUCCUUAUUAUGCCACCCUGAUAUACCAAUGAAAGAAAGAGAGCUACAAAGUUAGUUGUUAUGACAUGCUAUUUGAUUUAGGCCCAGAAAAUGUUAUGACAACCUAAUAGCACCAGGAAUCUGUCAACUUGACAUAAGCUUCCUAUAUGGCACCUAUAGUUGGCAGCUUUUGGAAUAAGGUCAUUUGGCAUUUAUAAAUGUCUGUAUAUGUCACUUGUCAGUUUGGGCGGCACGGUGGUUUAUUGGUUAGAGCGUUCGCCUCCCAGCAAAUGGGAGCUCUUGGGUUCAAGUCUCUAACUGGGUGGAGUUUCCAUGUUCUUCCUGUGCCUACGUGGGUUUCCUCCAGGACUCCGGCUUCCUCUCACAGUCCAAAAACAUGGAAAUCAGAUUAAUUGGGUACUCUAAAUUGAUUUGGUGUGUAUGUGUAUGUGUGUGGUAUGUAUGUAAGUUUGCGUGUGUGUAAAUGUAUGUAUGACUGUGUGCCCAGAUACAGAUUCACACUCUGUCCUGGGUAAAAUUACUAUAGUGACCGAUGCAGUCCUCCAGGUGGACGGUUGUUUCCGGUUGAGAGUAUGCUGUGUGCUACUGGCUGCCGCUUCUCACCGGUGUGUGGAUGAGUUGGAUUUCUAGAAAGACACUACAUAAGUGUAACGUCAUUCAUUCCUGAAGUGCUUAUGUAGUGUGUCAUGUAGCCUUAUUAACAGUGCCCUGCAGGAAUGUUUUUUUUUUCUGAAUUCUUUAGAGUGUUUUACACCAAACCCAUUCUAACUGAUUUUAUUGAGGCAUAUACAGCUCUGGAAAAAAUAAGAGACCACUUUUGCUAUUUAUAGGUAUAUGUUUAAGUAAAAUUAACAUUGUUGUUUUAUUUAUACUAUGCACAACAUUUCUCCCAAAUUCAGAAUAAAAAAAGCAAUGCAGAGCUUUCAGACCUAAAAUAAGGCAAAGAAAACAAGUUCAUAUUCAUAAAGUUUUUUACGAGUUUAGAAAUGAGUAUUUGUUCUCCUCCACCAGUCUUACACACUGCUUUUGGAUAAUGUUAUGCCACUUCUGGUGCAAAAAUCCAAGCAGUAUUUAAAAUGGUCUCUUUUUUCACAGCUGUAUAUAUAUAUAUAUAUAUAUAUAUAUAUAUAUAUAUAUAUAUAUAUAUAUAUAUAUAUAUAUAUAUAUAUAUAUGUGUGUGUGUGUGUGUAUCACAGUAACUCCAUUAUGAGCUGUAAUGAGCUGCCUGAUUAACUUUUGGUUGGUAGUUUGCAUGGUUAUGUCCAAGUGGUCUUCUGUACUGUCGGGGGAGUCUUUGCAUGGUUGUUUUCCAUGGCCAUGACUGUUACGGUCUAGACUCAGAUAAGAACCAAAAUGGGUACCACAGUGGUUACGGAAAUGAGACAGAAAAUGCUAAAUGUUUUAGAUCAGCAUGGUUCAGUGUUAAAAAUAAAAUACAAUAAAGGCUAAUCAUUCAUCACACAUUUGUGAAAGGAAAGAUAAGAGGUGUUGAAUUGUUUGUGAAUGCUAAACUAUGUAUGUUUGUAUCGUUUAUUAUUAGCCCGCACACCAUGAUGAUACAAUGAUGAUACAUUUCAAGUAUCAGACCUAAUCGGACGUAGCCUGAAUCCAAUCUUACAGUAAUUCCUUCUUGGAGCGUGGACACCAAUUAGGCCUCAGUAUAUUCCUAUUCUUUAUCCCAGCCUGCUAACAUAUGGAGGAGUGGCUAAAGGACUACAAGCAAGACAAAUAAUGUGGCAUUGUAUUACAAAUGUAUGUGCAAAAAUACCUAAUGUUUUUUAUUACUAUGAUUAUUAUUAUUAUUAUUAUUAUUAUUAUUAUUUUAAUCUCCAUAUAUCAAAUGCAACUAUUUAUACAUAUAUUGUAAUGUAUGUAUAUGUUGUGUAUAGUUCCUGUGUAUACUUAAAGGAUGCCCGUGUGCGCUGGACGCAAGCUCGGACUCCGGGAAACUGAAACAAAAGAAAAGAUACUGUAUGAAGAGAAAAUCUAAAGAAUAAACAAAUUUAUGUGAUCUAUAAAAGGGCGGAAUGAAUAAAAGUAUUUAAAAACCAUG